UGAUGAGCGUACUCAAGAGGGGCGUAAAACAAUCCGCCAUUUUGUCCCUUGGAAUUUAGAAUUUUAUUAGAAUAAGCCCACAAAUAUCCAAAUAAUCCCUGUGCAAAAGUGAUAUUUUGGAAGCUGUGCAGUGUUUCAAAGAACUGUGAUAUUUGUGUCUGCAAUUAUUUUUGUUUACGUUCAUCUUUGACGUUUUUUAUCUGACCGAUUUUGACGUCGAAGAAGAGAGCUCUAGAUAAUCAAAAUGGGCACAAGAGAGGACGAAUACGAUUAUUUGUUCAAAGUUGUACUAAUAGGGGACUCUGGCGUGGGAAAAAGCAGUCUUCUUUCGCGUUUCACUAGAAAUGAAUUCAACUUAGAGUCAAAAUCGACAAUAGGAGUGGAAUUUGCAACUAGAAGUAUAGAGGUCGAUGGCAAAACCAUAAAGGCCCAGAUUUGGGACACGGCGGGGCAGGAGCGGUACCGCGCGAUCACAUCCGCCUACUAUCGCGGCGCGGUCGGCGCGCUACUGGUCUACGACAUAGCCAAGCACCUGUCCUACGAGAACGUGGAGAGAUGGCUGCGCGAGCUGCGCGACCACGCCGACCAGAACAUACUUAUCAUGCUGGUGGGCAACAAGAGCGAUCUCAGGCAUCUCAGAUCCAUCCCUACAGAAGAGGCGAAGGCGUUUGCGGAAAGGAACGGACUUAGUUUUAUUGAAACUUCCGCUCUCGACUCUACCAACGUGGAGCCUGCAUUCCAGAACAUUCUAACUGAAAUCUACAGGAUCGUGUCUCAGAAGCAGAUGCGCGACCCGCCGGAGGGCGACGUGAUCCGACCCGACGCCGAGCCGGCGGACGUGCGGCCCUCGCAGGCUGACUCCGUGCGCAAGCAGUGCUGCCAGUGAGGGGGGGCGACCACAGGAUGUCCAGUUAACGGAGCCGAUGAGGGAACGGGCGGCUGGCAAACUAAACGCAAUCAUUACGAAUCAUUCCCGACCGCAGACUACGAUACACCAGGGUUGCCACGCGGAAAUAUCUCCGUACGCCUAAAAUGUCCACUCCCAACAAUAUCCCACAAUCCGUCAAAAUCAAUGGUUGUAUACGUAAUAGAACCUUGCAAUAAUUAUCCAGUUUGUUUCGAGAUAUUUUCGACUGGCAACACUACUCCGUUUGAACUGAUGAGUUUUCCAGUAUCUGUUCCGAUUAGCUAGCACAUGCUUACGUUGUGAGUACGUCUGUGACGACUCACCGGCUUGAUGUCAAAGCAAUAAUUUGUUAAAUAAUAGCGAAAAUUAAAGUCAGUUCAAACGGGGCAUCAAAAACAGAUAAGAGUGGCUCAUGUAGAUAGCUUUGUGUAAUUAUUGAUAUUUAGUGUCCAAAACGAAUAAAGUUAAAAUCUAUAAUAAUUAAAUGUAAACGUGAAGAGAAGGUUCAAUAUACACGAGUUAGAUCCAGCUUCGGUUGUAGCACUUCAACCACGAUAUAUAUUUUGGCGCUCCUAGUUAUUUAAAGAAAAAAUAACGCGUAAAUUAUUCCUGCAGUUUUUUUAGGGGAAAUACAUUUUUAUUUCGAGUUAGUAGAUAAUUCAUAUUAUAUCUAUUUAUUUAGUGAAUUUAAAUUGCUAGAUAACAUUCGUUUUCGUUAUGAAAUUCUUAUUUUGAAGACGUUAUGAUAAUAAUACUGAGCAAUAAUUGGACUGGACGGCGAAGAAAAAUAAUAAAAAUAAAAAAAGAAAUAUCACACAAAUCAUAGCUUCAUAAUUAAAAGUACGUCUUAAUUGUUUUGUAAUAAA